AUGCUUACUGCCGCCAAAGUUGCUAUAUUCUAUACCGAUCACGAAGCAGAAUGGGUCAAACCGUGGAAGAGCUUUGCCGAAAUGGGCAAGAAAGUACUUGAACAAGCCCGCGUAUUAGAGAGCCGCGACGAUCUGCCUGUCGAGUACCAGGUCUUUGACAUCUACCAUGGAGAGUUUCCAGCGCUUGGGGAGAUCACCAGAGAGAAGGGAUACCUCGGUAUCUACAUAACCGGGUCUCGCUACGACUCCUUUGAUACAGAGACCGAGUGGAUCAUCAAGCUGCGCCAGCUGCUAAAGACCCUCCUCUCAGACGACAGGUAUCCGCCCGUCGCGGGCAUCUGUUUUGGACACCAAGUAGUGGCUGCAGCUCUCGGCUGCAAAGUCGACAGGAACCCCGCCGGCUUUGAGGGUGGUGUAGUCCCCGUCACGCUAAACAGCGAGGGAGAGAAGCUCUUUUCCAACGCCAAGACCCUGAACCUCUCUGAAAUGCACAAAGACGUGGUACUCGAGAUACCUCCCGGAUGCGUCAACUGGGGGUCCAGCUCGCUAUGCAAACACCAGGGUUUCUACAAGCCUAACAAGCUAAUCACCUUCCAGGGUCAUCCCGAAUUUACUAACAUGAUCCUCAAGUGGGGCCUGCAAAGAAUCCCUCAAGACGUGAAACCGGAGAUGAUCGACUCCAUCGACUCCCAGCACAACGACGGACCACGCUCUGCGACCCUGAUCUGGAAGCUGUUCAAGAGAGAGAUUUAG